ACACGUCACUUCCGCCGGCCAUUUCUGCAUCAACGUGCGAAACGAAGUACCUGGAUAAAUGUCUACAUGUAGCUCACAGGAUGAAUGUUUGUUUUACAGGAGUCUGGCAAUGUGUUCAGAGCACUGCAGUCGAAAGGAUCCUCAGUCAACCUUCUACAUUUCUAACGUUUGGGGAAAGGAAAUCUUUCAAUACAAAUCACCUGGAAAAAAAAGGCCACACGAGGCACCAUCUGCUGACCAGUAGAGAUGUCGGACGACUUGGUGAAACAGUUAAGCAGCUACAAAGCCCAGCUGCAGCAAGUGGAAGUCGCCUUAUCUACCGACCCAGAAAAUGAAGACCUCCUAAAGCUCCAGAAAGACUUACAGGAAGUAAUCGAUUUGACAAAAGACCUCCUGACCUCACAGCCCACUGAUGGUGCUUCCAGUGCUUAUGGCUCAGACACAGUCCCACUGAAGCAUGGCUGGAAAGUGGGGGACAGGUGUAUGGCUGUGUGGAGUCAGGAUGGACAGGUGUAUGAGGCUGAGAUUGAGGAGAUAGACCGAGAGAACGGCACAGCAGCCGUUACCUUCACUGGAUACGGGAAUGCUGAAGUGAUCCCUCUGCAAAACCUCAAAGCAGCAGAGGAAGGGAAACGUUCUGAUGAGGAUGGGAGUAUAAAGCCCAAAUCAAGGAAAGAGCAAAUAGCAGAGCAGAGAGAGUAUAAGAAGAAGAAAGCCCAGAAAAAGGUACAGAGGAUGAAGGAGUUGGAGCAAGAGAGAGAGGAACAAAAGUCAAAGUGGCAACAGUUCAACAACAAAGCCUACUCAAAGAACAAGAAAGGACAGGUAAAGAGGAGCAUAUUUGCAUCUCCAGAAAGUGUAAAUGGAAAGGUGGGCGUGGGAACAUGUGGUAUUGCAGACAAGCCUAUGACCCAGUACCAUGACACAUCAAAAUACAAUGUCAGACACCUAAUGCCCCAAUGACCUAAUAUAUUCUGUACAUAAAAAUCCGCUGUAUACUAGCUGGAUCAGUGCUUUCCGUUGUGUUUAUACAUGAUUUAAGUUUCUCGAGUAAAGAAAGCUUUGAAAGGAAUUGCUUACGCACCAUUGUUUGAAAUAUUGAUGUAGUUUUCUUAUAUUAUGUAGGUACAGCAAAAGUGUAGAAAAAACAUUUUUCUGCACCGGAACAAGGUCACUCGUUAUGUAAGAACAGGAAUCGGUGUUUUAGAAAAGCUGAAAAUUUUGCCGAUUUUGCCCAUCUUCCACUGAUGCCAAACACCUGUAUAAAUAUACACCUGUAGGUUUGGUGUGUAAAUUUGAGGCUGGAUUUUAAACACUGACCAGUUAUUUGUGUGUCUGAACAUUAAUAAUGGUGUUGAUUUGAGAUGGCUGAAUUUCCCUUUCAAUUUCUGUAUAUAAACAGUGAAAUAAACGUUGUUUUGUUUUCAGUUUUUUAAAGAA